AUGAAAACUGCAUUUAAUCGUGCAAAAGAACUAGUUAGUAAUUUGAAUAUAUUACCUUCAUUAAAGAAAUGCAAUGCUUGUGAACUUAAUGGUUUAAGUAAAAAUAUAUUUGAUAGUAUUAGAUUCAACAUUAAUUCGGAUACUUAUUCGGCAACGGAUGCAGAUUCUUCAUCAGAUUCUGAAUCUGAUUAUGAUGAUGAAACAAUGGAAAGUAAUGAAUUUAAUAGUGAUCUAAUCAAUGUGGAUGAAGAAGAUAAAGAUGCUGCAAUGACACAAAGUGUUGAUGAAAUUAAAACUGAGAAAAUAAAUUUUACUGGUAUGCGUAUAUUUCAUUCGAUCAAUCCAGCAAUGAAAAACUUCUAUUUUCAAGUGCAAAUAAAUAACAAGACUAAAUUUAUACACAAGCAAACGGCUUGUUGGUUAUUAACUGACAAAGCUAGCCGUUUAUCGGCUGAUAGAUUAUCACGAGUGAUAGAGACAAACAAAAAGGAUUAAAAUUCUUCAUCAGAUUGAUUUGGAUAGAUAAAACAUUUCUUAUAAAAAUAAAACACUUCAUUCAAAAAGAUUCAGUUAUUAACUAUUACGUUUACUAAGACCAAACAAGCUUGAAUUUUUUCCAGCACAUUGAAAAAAAAUAAUAAAUAGUUCACCUUUCUGCUAAAAUAAAAUCGUCGAAAACAAGACAAUUUCAUGGGUUUCUUAUGGGUGUGGGUGUGGGUGUGGGUGUGGUUGGGUGGAUGUGGAUGUGAAAGGAAAGUCCCAUACGCACAACCACACUCCACAUCCACAUCAGCGCCCCCAGCCACACCCCACACCCAACCACAUACCCACACCCAGCCACAGUUAUACCCACCCACACACGCCCAUACCCACACCCCACAACCAACCACACCACACCCACACACACCCAACCACACCACACCCACACACACCCACACCCACACCCACACGCACCCACAACCACACCCACCGACACUCCCUCUCACCCACACCCUGUUUACAUAUAAAAUACGUUCGCGUGUUGUCGAUACCCACAGCCUUUACAGUCGUUUCCCAUUGAUUCCAAUUGAAGCAAUUCUUCUCCCAAGUAUCCUCACAACUAUUAAGAAAAAAAAACUGAAUGUUAUUUUAUGCAUACUGUUUUGUUUGUUUUAUUGUCUUAGGCUGUUUAUGAAACCCGAUUAUUUUCACUAAUGAAUAAAUACAUAAAUAAAAAUCUUUAGGAAAACAUUGAAAACUUUUAAUUUAAUUCUUGAUUUAUAUAACAUAAUUAAGAAAAAUUAAUAUAAAAAUAAGGAAAUAGACAGAGGAAAAGAGUGAAAGACUAAACGAUUUAAAAUUAAAUUGUUAACACAUGUAAUAAAUAAAUUAUCGAUUGGAUCAAGUUUUAUAAUGUUGCCGAACAUCUUUAAAAAUGAUUUCAAAUUACUUUUUAAUAGGAAAAAAGUGCUGGCCUGUGACGCAAUUCGUGUAUAUACAUCACCAGUAAACAUGGUAUCAAUUAUUGUCUUACUUACGCAUGAGCUCUUUGAGAUGAUUGGAAAACAUCAGUAAUGUUGGAUGAGGUGACUCCAUCGUACGGGACCCAAUGUCUACAGCUGUUGAAGCAUACUGUAUAGCUUCUUGAUAGCGACCAAGAUUCUGACAAAUUAAUGCUAAGUUGCUAUGUGCCAUGGCUAAAUCAGGGUGAAAAGGUGAGAGUGAGCUUUGUCUUAUUUCAAGCGCUUUUCUAAAGCACGAGAAUGCAGUUGAAUAGUCUCCCAUUGAUCGGUAGAGCAAACCCAUAUUGCUAUAUGUUUCACCUAAGCUAGGAUGAUUCGAUGAAAGAGAAUUUUGCCGAAUCUCCAGAGCCUUUUUGUGGUGUGAUAGUGCAGUUGAAUAGUCUCGUGCCAACCAAUGCAUCAGCCCCACAUUAUUAUAUGACUUGGCUAGGUCAGGAUGAUUAGGUUGAAGAGUGCGUUGUCUAAUAUCCAACCCCAUUUUCAUGUGUGCUAAUGCAACUGAAUAGUUUCCCAUCGAUUGAUAAACCAAACCAAUGUCGUUGUGUGACAUGGCUAUAUCGGGAUGAUUAGGAUGAAGAGAUUUCUGUUGUAUCUCGAGCGCUUUCUCCAAGUGUGAUAGAGCGUUUGUGUACUGUCUCAUUAAUUUGUACACCGUACCAAUGCGAUUAUGUGGUUUGGCCACGUCAGAAUGAUUAGGCGGCAGUGAUUUUUUUUGUACCGCUAGCGCUUUCUCAAAGUGUGUAAUCGCAGUUGAAUACUUUCCUACCGACAUAUAUACGUCUCCGAUAUCGUUGUGUAAACUCGCUAGUGAAGGAUGAUUUGAUGGAAUUGACUUCGACUGUAUUUCUAACGCGUUUUCAAAGUGUUUGAGUGCAGCUAAAUAUUGUCCCAUUGACAUAUGCACCUCGCCAGUACUGAUAUAUGCCAUGAACAAAGGGUUAUGAUAGGAUGCAGGAAACUUUUGGGAUAUUUCAAGUGCCUUUGUACUGUAUGACAGUGCAGUUGAGUACUGUCCAGAUGUCCGAUAGAUCGCACUCAGAUAAACGUAAUGUUGAGCUAGUGCGGGAUGAUCAAUUGGAACGUUUUGAUAUACUUGAGAAACCUUUUCGAGGUGUAACAGAGACGUGUUACUGUCACGCCUUUUAGCCAUAAUUACACUGAUAAUAUAGUUAAAUAAUGCACUAUUAAUUGCAUUAUCGGCAAGUUUCGAUUGUUGCCUUGCGCAGCAAAUUUCUUCGGCUUUGUUUAUCUCACCCAUCUUUAACAUUAAAAUACUCAUUUGGGCCCACUCUGGGAGUCCUUCUGUUUCUUGGCGCAUAUAAUCAGUCAGACGCUUUAGUUCUUGGUCAUUAUCAUUUGUCAAUGUAAGUUUCACUCUCCACAAUCGGUUAGCAAUCUGUUCCAGUUCAUUGAUUCGAAAGACUGUAUGCAUUGAGAAAAGAAUCUCUUGUUCCGCAUCUGAAAAAUAACUGACUUGGUCCAAUGAUGCAAAUGGAGCAGAGGAGAUGGGUGAAUUAAUUUCUAUUUCAAAGAUAAUGCCCGUUAACUCAGGGUCCACUUGAUUACUAUCGGCACGCAUAAAGGCAAUUUGAUAGUCAGUGGUUGUAGACAAAAAGUUAUUAAAUGAAAGUAGAGCUCCUUGAUGUUUACGCAUGUAAUUAAAUUCAACAUUCAACAUACCUUGCCCACGAUAUACAGUUAAUGAAUUGCGAUUCUUGAAAUUCGAAUGAAGUUUCUCAAUUUGUCUAUGGAGAUCUCGAACAAAGAACCCCAUCUUCAGAAUAACCUCAACGUUUUGAAUACGAAGUGCUUUAUUAAGCAUCGAGUAUAUGAAACAUUCUCUGGUAUACCACCAGAUUGGUGAUGGUUGGUCAUACUUUUGUUCAAAUUCAUCGAUUAUACUAAUAGCUGACUCGUUUUCAACCUGCUGUAUUAGACAAAAUUCAACAAAUUCUGUCUUUGCCGUUUCAUUAUAUUCCAUCUUGAGAAGAAUUUCUUUCAAUAAUUGUGAGUACAUAAAUGAUUGAUCAAGAUUAUUUAUGUCAAUUGAAGAUGUUUCAGGAGCGAAACUGAUCGAAACCAAAUUUAAAUCAGCUUGUUGCAUGUCUCGUUUGAGCACAUUGCAUAAUAGUUCCAUUUGAGAGAAUACACCUUUCACUUUGUGAUGAUCUUUAAUCCAUCGAUCGUGUAUUUGCUUUUCACGACAAAAUACAUAAAGAGCAAAAAGUUCAGGUAUGUCUAAGAUAAGAGGAACUAGUUGUUGACCGAAAUUAUCGGAAACGAUUAUAAAGGCUUUUUCGUUUUCGAUUUCCGUGAGAUAAUCAAUGCAUUGAUCGGGAUCAACAAAUGUUCCAACCCAACUACUGACACAUCGAAGUUGGCUGAUUAUAUUUUGUGAAUAUACAUCAGAUUCACUGGUAUUUGGAUCUAGCCAAAUUAUUAUAAAAUUUUCUAAAAUACGUUGCUUAGAAUCUUGUGUGGACAUACAAUGUGUUUUGUUAAUUUUUGUUGAAGAAUGCGUUAUCUAGUUAGCUACGUAUCACUUUUGGACAAGUGAGUUCGCACUUCCGAUGUUGUCUUUAUCAGUGAAACUGGAAAAAGCACGUUUCAAUUGUCUUCGCGUGUUGAUACUGUCCGUUGUUGUCGUUGUCUUCAUGCGUUGUUAUCAUUGAAUCAUAUUCUAAUGCAUCAAUAUUUUUAUGAUUAGAUAAGGGUAGCUCAUUUGGUAACAGCCGAGAAUGUCCUUUAAAAAAUGUCCUUGACAAAAUGUUCCCGAGUUUUUGUCCUUCAAAAAAUGUCUUUUACUAUAAAUAUCCUUUACUAUAAAUGUCCUUUAAAAAUGGUCCUUUUCAAUAAAGUCCCAUGAAAAAAUGUCCUUCAUUAUUAAAAUGUCCUUUUAGGGUGUGGGAUGUGGGUGGGUGUGGGUGUGAGUGGGUGGGUGUGGGU